AUGGCGAGGGAUAGUGUUCGAAAGAGAUUACUCGGAAGUACCCUUCAUUUCGCCUGUUUGUUCUUUCUCUGGAGAGGAAUCGCGGCGCAGAUACGCUACACCAUCCAUGAGGAAUUAAAGGUCGGAACUACGGUUGGGAAUAUUGCUAAGGAUCUGGGAUUUGACUCCGCAACAUUACCUGGUCGCAACCUACGCAUAGUGACAGGGACCAAACAGGAGCUGUUUCAGGUAAACCAGAGAGACGGUGCUUUGUUCGUCAGUGACAGGAUAGACAGAGAGGAGUUAUGUGUCAAAACGAGCCCGUGUUUAGUUACUCUCAAAGCUGUAAUCGAGAACCCAUUAGAGAUGCAUCAGAUUAAUGUGGAAAUAACGGACGUGAAUGACAACCCCCCGUCUUUUACAGAGGAAAAUUAUCAUUUAGAAAUACUGGAAUCUGUUACAACUGGGACACGAUUCCAGCUGGAGGGGGCACACGAUCCUGACAUAGGUAUAAACGAACUGCAGUCUUACAAACUCAGCCAAAACCAGUAUUUUCGUUUAGAAACAGAUGAGUUCGGAGAAGAAGGCAAAACUCCCUUUUUAAUCUUACAAAAACAACUCGAUAGAGAGCACACAGGAAGCAUACAUUUAUUACUGACAGCCUUAGAUGGUGGUAAACCCCAAAAGUCGGGAACUCUAAAUAUCAGUAUUAUUGUAUUAGACGUUAAUGACAACACACCUGUAUGUAAUAAAUCUAAAUACAUAGUCAGCGUCAAAGAGAAUGCACCAGAGGGCACAUUUCUAGUGCGAGUUGACGCUUCUGAUGCAGACGCGGGGGUCAACGGCGAAAUAUCGUUUUCAUUACGAAGCAAAUUUAGGAAUGGCGCGUCUGACCUCUUUAGUCUGGACAAUAAAACUGGUGAAUUGCGAAUAAAAAGCGGUCUCGAUUUUGAAGAGAAACAAGUGUAUGAUCUUAAAAUACUGGCUUCGGACAAAGGAGCUUGGCCACUAUCCACACACUGUAAUGUCGUAGUUAAAGUGGAGGAUGUGAACGAUAACCAACCAGAGAUCGAUGUCACCUCUCUCUCAAGCCGUAUACCAGAGGACGCGCCACCAGGUACGGUAGUUGGACUGAUAGGAGUAACAGAUCUAGACUCUGGCAUGAAUGGCCAGGUAGUUUGUUCCGUACCUCUAGACGUACCAUUCGAUCUGAAGCAGUCCUCAGAUGGCCAUUUCUACUCCCUUAUAACUAAAGAGCACCUAGACAAAGAAUCAAAGGCAACAUAUAGCAUUGAAAUAUCAGCCAAGGAUUUAGGAACACCCCCUUUAGUCACCACUAAGACCAUUCAAGUUGACAUAGAGGAUGUGAACGACAACAGUCCUUUAUUCAGUCAAAGCCCGUACACAUUUUACUUGCCUGAGAAUAAUAAACCAGGCAUGUCUAUUUUCACCGUCCGUGCAAAUGACAGAGAUGACGGAGAUAAUGCUCGUGUGUCAUAUUCACUGGAUAGAAAAAGCCCAGCACACGGUGUGACAUCUUUCCUAAAUAUCAAUGAAGACAAUGGAACUAUCUAUGCAUUGAAAAGCUUUGAUUUUGAGACAGUUAAAAUAUUCCAGUUUCACGUCAUUGCCAAAGACGCAGGCACUCCACCUCUGAGCAGCAACGUGACUGUAAAUGUUUUUAUUUUGGACCAGAACGACAACUUGCCUGCGAUUCUCUCCCCGGUAAGCGCAAACGGUUCCGCCGAGGGAGUGGAAGAAAUACCCCGCAACGUGAACGCAGGACAUCUAGUGUCUAAAGUUAGGGCCUAUGAUGCUGAUGUAGGAUACAACGGCUGGUUACUCUUUUCACUUUUGGAAGUUAGUGACCACACUCUCUUUGGCUUGGACCGCUAUACAGGACAGAUACGAACUCUGCGUCCAUUCACAGAGACUGACGAUGCUCGGCACAAACUCGUUAUAAUAGUAAAAGACAAUGGGAACAUUUCACUCUCAGCUACAGCAACUGUGAUUGUUAACUUGGUAGAGCCCAAAGAGGCUUUUGCAGCAUCCGAUGUUAAAAGCGCGACAAACAACGACGAAGAAAACAACAUGACUUUCUAUUUAAUCAUAACUUUAGCAUCAGUUUCUGUUCUUUUUCUCAUUAGUAUUAUCGUACUGAUGGUUAUGCAGUGCUCAAAACCCACUGACUAUUCCUCAAAGUAUUUACAAGAUACAAACUAUGAUGGAACUCUGUGCCACAGCAUCCAGUACAGAUCUGGUGAUAAAAGAUACAUGCUGGUCGGACCCAGGAUGAGUAUUGGAUCUACUAUAGUUCCUGGCAGCAAUCGGAAUACACUUGUCAUACCAGAUCGAAGGAGACGAGCUUCUGAAGAGGACGCGUACGCGGAGUAG